UCAACUGGACCUAUUUGCACGCAUCUUCAACUCCCUCAAGUAACGCUGCGUGUCUGCAGUUCAGUUUGUGCAGAGCGACCUACUUGGGGAACAACUUCACCAGCCACUGUGACUAAACCAACAGCAUCGACGACAAGACAUCAUGCCAGUCAAAGGUCUGGUUCAGCGUCUACAAGACAAGGAGGAUGUUGUUGUGGCGGAGGGAUAUGUGUUUGAAUUUGAGAGAAGAGGCUUGUUGAGAGCCGGAGCAUUUGUACCGGAAGUCGUCAUUGAAAGACCGGAUCUGGUGAAAGGUCUCCACGAAGAGUUUAUCAAUGCCGGAAGUGACGUUUGUAUGGCAUUUACGUACUACGGUCACAGAGAGAAGCUAAGAGUUAUCGGCCGUGAAGGUGACCUUGAGAGGUUGAACAGGGACGCUUUGCGGAUUGCGAGGAAGGUAGCAGACGACACCGGGACGCUGAUGGCGGGAGAUCUCUCCAACACGACGGUGUACAAGAGGGAUAACAAGGACGCCAUUGAGUCGACGGAAGCCAUGUUUAAGGAACAAAUCGAGUGGGCGGUGGAGGAAGGUGCGGACUACAUCGUUUGUGAAACCUUCAGUGAGUUGGGGGAGGCCAUGCUCGCUCUUGAAUGUAUGAACAAAUAUGGAAAUGGACUUCCUGCAGCGGUCAGUUUUGUCGCCCUGGAUAAAGACGAAACGUUAGACGGUUUUGCGUUUGACGUCGCCUGUCGCAAGCUAGAAGAAGCAGGAGCGGCGGCAGUUGGAUUAAACUGUGGGCGGGGGCCCAAGACAAUGCUGCCUCUUCUCAAAGAGAUCAGACAGGCCUGCAAGGGGCCUAUCAUGGCACUUCCGGUAACGUAUCGCACGUGCCCGGAAUAUCCAUCGUUCCAUUCCCUCCAAGAUCCAGUUACAGGACAGAGGGCUUUCCCGGUAGACCUUCCUAGCCAAACGUGUGGACGAACGGAAAUUGCCAACUUUGCCCGAGAAGCCAAAUCCCUGGGUGUGCAGUACGUGGGACUAUGUUGUGGCAACGCUUCUCACUACAUCCGGGUGGUGGCAGAGGAAUACGGGCGUAGACCCCCAGCCAGUAGAUACUCCCCCGAUAUGUCCCAGCACUAUCUUUUCGGGAAGAAGAAAAGCAGCUAGGAUCCUCACGUGAAGAAGUUGUUAGCUUAAUCAGCAUUCUGAAAUUUACCAAAGGAGAGUCAGUGUACAAUUUAAGUUUCUUGUUAACUUUUAAUAUAGUCCAAAGAAAACUGUGAGCGGCUCUUAAAGAACAUACAUUAUGUUUACACAUAUUUGGUAGCCCAAAUGUAUGCGGAUUUUAUGUCAGAUGUCAGUACUUGUUCAAUGGCCAGCGGCGCUCCACAUACAGGGCAAGUACUUUAAAAGUCAUCAACCAGUAAAUAUGUUUGUUGUUUGUAGCUUAUCGACCCACUCGGCAACAUUCCGUUUAUAUGACGGCGGUCUGUAAAAAAUCGCGUCUGGACCAGACAAUCUGGUGACUAUCAUCAUGAGCAUCGAUCUACGCAAAUGAGAUACGAUGACAUGUGUCAACCACGGCGGCGUGCCUGAAAAUUCGAUCCCGUUAUUCGCCCCAGUUAAUCAGUUGAUAAUAUUGUAAUUUGAGAAGGGGGCUGUUAUUCAAUUUCAUUUUAUCAUGAAAUUAAUCAUCAUACAAUCAUUAUGCUAUACCUCACAAACAAACACAAAUCUCAUGUGUCCCAUAGUUAUUGUGUAUACAAGAGAGAGAGAGUGUGUGUGAGAGAGAGGGGGAGGGAGAGAGAGACCAAAUGUUGAAUGUUCACGUUGACUAUGAUUGCCAGCUGUAUAAUCCGACUACAUCCCCGUAGCUAGUGAGUGAGUGAGUGAGUGAAUAUGCCCACCAAACACAGUAACUUACACAGACCGCAACAAACGAAGUGCUUAGCUUUUGGUUUGGUCCAGGCUAUUGAAGGGGCGGUGGGGUAGCCCAGUGGUUAAAGCGUUCGCUCGUCACGCCGAAGACCCGGCUUCGAUUCCCUACAUGGGCACAAUGUGUGAAGACCAUUUCUGGUGUCCCCCGCCGUGAUAUUGCUGGAAAGUUUUGAUUAAAGCGGCGUUAAACCAUACUCGCUCACUCAUUCUAUUGAAAUAUGGCUGGGUUCUAUUGGUAGGCUUGAUUUGGAAUAAAAACCCGUUGCUUAUUAUCGAGCUCUAAAAGUAUGAGGGUAUUACAUAUUCAGUGUUGUUAACAAACACAGGAAACGACUUUAAAUAUACUCAUGAGUAAAUAAACAAAACCAGGCUGGUUGAAAUGAAA